AUGGGACGGCAGCACCUGAGAGGCGAGAGCAAGUCCUCAGGACAGCAGGUCCCAGAGGGGAACAGUGUAAACGACCCCAGCCAGGAAGUGUUUGGCCUUGGUGACGGUGUCACGACGUGGUUCGAGAUUCUCCCCGGGGUUGCCGUCAUGGCCGCAUGCUUGUUCAUCCCGGGAAUGGCCACUGCACGCAUCCACAGGUUCACUAACAGGGGCAAGGAAAAAAGGGUUGCCCAUUAUUCAUAUCUGUGGAACUUGGUGGAAAGAGAUAGGCGCAUCUCUGGAGUUGAUCGUUACUAUGUGCCAAAGGGUUUGGAGAACACUGAUUAA